AUGGGUUUCACAGCUUCAAAAUUGUUCAGCAGUCUCUUUGGUAACAAAGAAAUGCGUAUUCUUAUGGUUGGUCUAGAUGGUGCAGGUAAGACUACCGUUUUGUAUAAAUUGAAAUUAGGUGAAGUUAUCACAACGAUUCCUACUAUUGGUUUCAAUGUGGAAACUGUGCAAUAUAAGAACAUUUCAUUCACCGUCUGGGAUGUUGGUGGACAAGAUAGAAUCAGAUCAUUAUGGAGACAUUACUAUAGAAACACCGAAGGUGUCAUCUUUGUUGUUGAUUCCAACGAUAGGUCACGUAUUGGUGAAGCUAGAGAAGUUAUGCAAAGAAUGUUAAACGAAGAUGAAUUGAGAAAUGCAGUUUGGUUAGUGUUUGCCAAUAAGCAAGAUUUACCAGAGGCCAUGUCAGCUGCCGAAAUUACAGAGAAAUUAGGAUUGCAUUCUAUUAGAAACCGUCCAUGGUUCAUUCAAUCUACCUGUGCCACUUCUGGUGAAGGUCUCUAUGAAGGUUUAGAAUGGUUAAGUAACAAUUUAAAAAACCAAUCCUAA